CAUUAAACCAUAUCGCUGAAACACGUGACAGCUACGUCAUACCCACGUAGGAGUUUCCCUCGACUGCCGCGUGUUUAUAAGCCCCAGGAGGAAGAUUAUUUCUAAUCACUUCUUCUGGCCUGAAAUACAUCUACGCUUGUCUUGAGCCCAGCUAUCACAAGACAUGAGAUCUCAAGUGCUUCUCGCAUGCCUCGCUUGUGUCCUGAUUCCAGCCGUGAGGUCAAGGUCACUAGGGGUCAAGCUCGACGACCUCACAGAGCUGGAAGACACGGUUGUUCGACUGGGAGAUGAACCUCUGCAGGAGACGCGACGAGCCCGCAGGGCCAUCUCGGCGCUGACCGACAUCAUGGGCCCGCUGGUCCGCCAUGCCAGAGACGUGUCGGAACAAGAGAGAAGCCAGGCCGUGUACGAGCGGAUGCGCUCUCUUCUGGCACUGCUGCGGAUGCUUCUAGGCAACAGCGUGCAAGUGCAGAUCAUGCAGUUCAUGAACUGGGACAGAACCAUCGAGAUCGACCAGGUUUUCUACACUGCGCCCAAGACCAUCUGGGAGGUGCGCCGCAUCAUCCUGGCAGCCAGGCAACUGGGUAUGCGCGUGCGCGCGACAGGUGUGGGUCACUCUCGCUCUCCGCUUUACGUGGAUGAGGGAAACAUCAUGAUGGACGUCAGGGGCCUGCAGCGUCACGACGGACCACGAAUACAGCUCAACCAGCCGACGGUCGAGCGCAAGUUCCGGACGGUGACGGCCAUGACGGGCGUGAUCGAGCACGAGCUGAACAAGUUCCUGACGGACAACAUGGUGACCAUGCUGUCCCAGCCACUCAACGACGUCGAGUCCUUCGGAGGGAUGGUGGCCGCCAACACGCACGGCUCCACGUGGAGUGCCCCAGCUUACAGCGGUUACGUGGUAGAGAUGAGGCUUGUCGACUCCUCGGGCCGUCUGCGACGUUUCACUAAAGAACGUCACCCAGACAUCAUGCGAGCAGCCAUGUGCAACCUGGGCAUGUUUGGCAUUAUGUAUGACAUCACCAUCCAGGUAUACGAUACCUUCAAAGCUAAGGUCGAGAAUUUCUUCGUCCCCUUGGGCGACCUCAUCUACAACACAACCAGACUGAGGGAGACGGUGACCGGCAACUUCCUGACGGAGAUCUCCUGGUUCCCUUUCAAUUCCGUCACGCAAAAGGAAGCAGAGGAGUACAUACGCACUCAACAGAUCCCCAGCAACUGGACGGCAAAGCGAGAUAUUGUCUGGCUGAGGCACAUCAAUAAAGCUACUGAGCAAGAGACGGCUGGAAAAGUGAUGCAGCCUGCCCUUUAUCUUCCCACUAACGGGUCACUUUCUGGGGGAAAUGUGGAAGGGCUACUUCGCGGAAAGGGAGCUUUGGAAAUCGCACAGAAGCUCGAAUCACCUACUUAUCAUUACCUGGUGAACGCUUUUCCCGUCAUCCUCCCGCCAAGAUGGGGCACGGAGACGUCUGCGGCCUUCCUGCUCAACAUCGACAAUAGCUUCGACCGGGCGGCGGAAGCUCUAAAGUUCAUGAUAGAAAGAGCAGAGCGGCAGAUCAAGGACAACGGGACCACCCCACUCAACGCCCUUCUCCCCCGGUUCUUUCAUAACAGCGAUUGCCUCCUUUGCCCCGGGAACACCAAUAUCCGCAUGAAUGACGACUCCAAUCGGACUUUGGUCAUUGACUUUCUUGCCCCACCUUCUCAGUACGGCUUCUACGCCGCAGCUCGUGAGUUUGUCUACCACUUUAGGAACCAAAAGGUGCGUCCCCACUGGGGGAAGCGACAUGACAAUAUCCCAGGUAUCAUCGACAUCAUCCACGAAGUGUACGGAGACCUCGUCAAUGAAUUCUCACGCAUGCGUGUAAAAGCCCGGGUGGAUCCUUGCGACAUGUUCAUGAAUUCCUAUCUGCUGCAGAUUUUUGGGAGAAGCACGGACUGCAUUUAGGUGUCCUUCUGACAUUUUACCACAACUACAAUUAAUUACAAUGUUGAUUGUUGACGAGCAAAAAUGCCCAUGUUGGGUGUCAAUCACUGUUCAGUUUGUGUGCUUUUUCACCCAGCACCUUGUAUCUGCUCCCCCACCUCCUUCCCCAUCUCGCUAUAUUUGUCCUUGAUGUUAAACACCAUCGCUGUACCAAGCAACCAUGACAGCUAUGGUCUCUUAUUUAGUCAACUAUUCUCUUCAUUUGCAGGAGGGGUUGGUGGGAACAUCUCAAAAAUCGGUAUUUUGGGGGUUAAUAACUUAAAUAAAAAUGUUUGUAGGUGAUGAGAUAGAGGGCGAGAAUAUUUUUCUGCGGAUGAAAUCGGACAACCACAGGCCAAAGAAAUGAAGGGAUAUAAUCAAUCAGUUCUUCCUCCUCUAAACACUUUUUAAAAAAUUAAUAUUUCCUGUCAGAGGAGUGUGCUAUUUAUGUUAAUGUAGUUAUAUUGUCAACCCUGUUAUCUUUUAUGUACUAUUGUUGCCUUCCAUGCGCCAAAGUUCUUUCAAUGGAACCACUUCAGUUUAUGAUCUAUGUUACACAAAUCCUACUGAAGCUAUUGUAUGUUCGAUUCUUAUACAUUUCGUCACUUUAUAAAUCCCAUAACAAAAAAACCUUUGCAUAACUUUCUUUUCACGCGCACCUUUACAAAUAUUUUGAGUUGCUAGGCAAUUAAACAGCAAUAAAUGUUUA